AUGCAGUCAGAAAUAAAUGAUUUGAUACAAGUAAUUAAUACUCAAGUAACAUAUCCAUCUUUAUCAACAACUUCACCAUUAUGUGGAGUUACAAAUGACUGUACUAUUUUUUAUACAUAUGAAAAUAAUGAGUUAAUAGCAUAUAAUAUUUGUUCUAAUACUGAUCAAAGUGUAUGGAAGAAAAGGAGCUUUCUUUUAAAUCAAGUUCUUCAAGUUGUUCCAUGUGGUGUUUUUAUACUUGCUAUACAGUCUAAAACCCCUUCAUUAUAUUGUGGUUCUGAAUUGUGCGUAUUUAAUUUAGAGUUAAACAUUACUUAUGGUCAUGCCCUUAGAAUUCAACCCGAAGUUAUGUCAAAUGCUUUUAUGGAUGAAGAUGGUUUUAUUAACAUUAUUAUUGCUGAUUAUCCUUGUUGUCUGAAUCUUAUACAAAUUGAUGUGAGUGAUAGUAGAAAAUUACCGAAAAUUACUACUCUAAUAUGUAAAGAUUUUUGUUCAUUUGAAGACAAAUGUGGAUAUUGUGAAUAUUAUUUUAAAGCUAAAUAUUCAGAUAGUUGUUUUCCUCCUUUUGAUAAAGAAUUAAAUAUUAAAUCUAGUCAUAUUAAGUCAAUUCACUUUGAAGCAAAUAACUUUAUUACUGUUGCAUUCGACAAUGGUUUUGUCAGUAGAUUAUUCUUUGAUAAAGAGAAAAAUGAAUGUGAAAUGGUGUUGAGUGGGUUUUUAUGCGAAGACUAUAUUUGUUCUCAAGUUGUAGAGUCUUUAAAUGGUUUUAUGUUAGUGUUUCAAGGUAAUUCUAAUCAAUCUGUGAUUUAUUUCUUUAAGUCCAAUAAUCUAAAAGAAUGUUCAUUAAUUAAACCAAUAAAAAUGAAUCAAAAAACUGUGAAUGCUUUAGUGCUUCGUUCUAUCCAUGAUGUUGAGAAAUUAUAUGCUGUUCAAUUUAUUCAAAGUAGAAUGGCUCAACCAAAUAAAAAAGAAGAAGUUUCAAUGGAGUAUUCAGUUACUACUAUUGUUUACAGUCUUAAUGGAGAGGUAAUGAAAGAAAUAGCACCAGUUUCUUACUCUUAUUCAGGAGAACAUAUUCAAUUUCAAACGAAUUUUAUUUGGUAUCGAGAACGAUUUAGUUCAUAUGGACUUUUUCCUAAUACUGAGAAUUUAAUACCAUCGUAUUCAGUAUGUACUUUAAUUCAUGAUUUUAGUAAUGUUACUACUUCAAUUAACGAAAUUUGUAUAACAUCAGAAAGAUUUGAAGUUUGUAGAAGAGAAAUACAAAUGUUACCAAAAUUAAUAAUUAGAAAAGAAGAAUUUUUAAGAGCAGAGGAUAUAUCAUACCAUAAUAUUUAUUGUUCGGAAUUUAAUUUAAAAAAAUUUAAUUUAUUAAGAACACAAGAAGGAAUUGAACAAGUAAUGAAUAUAAUUUACAAAUUCGACUUUUUUGAUUUUGUAUUAACUGAAUUAAGAGAUUCAUUUAAUAAUAAAGCUGUUGAUGAACAUUGUAUUAAAUAUUUAACUCAAAGUGUUAUUAAUGCAUAUCUUUCAAGUUCAAAAACAGUUUUAUGUCUUUUAUCAGAAUUAAUAAAACAAGACAAACAUGCAUUAUUAGCAGGAAUGGAAAAAAUUCAUAGAACAUAUUCACAAAUAGUGACAUAUCUUGAACUUGUUCAUAGUGAAGAAUAUUUAAACGAUAUUAAAAUCAAAUUGAGAAGUAUUGAUAUAUUUAAACCAUUUAUUGCUCAAAACAAUAUUCAAUUUGAAGAGCCAUUAAAUUUUAUGCCAACAAUAGUUAAUAUUAUUAAUAGAAAAGUGUUUAAUGGAAUGAAAUUUAAAAAUGAUUUAUUUUCUGCAUUUAUAUAUUCAUUUGAACAUGAUAUUUCUAUUGGAAUAUUAUUUUAUCUUUAUACUAUUUGUUGUGGAGAAUCAAAUUAUAUAAAUAUUAAAGAAAUUAAAAGAGCAUUUAAUUUAUCAUUGUCAGAUGGAGAUAGAAUCUUUUAUGAUGAUAUGAGAAAUUCUGAUGAAUUAAAAAUGAAGUUAUUUAAUGGAAGUAAACGUUUUGAUUCUUUAAAAUUGAUUUUUGAUAAAUUUUAUUCAAUUGAUUCAUCUCAUAAUACCGUUCUUAUUAUUUCAAAACCUACAAUGAAUAAUUUAUUAUUAAGACAAUGUAUAGAGGAUGUUGCUGAAGGUUUUGCUGAAUAUUGUCAUAACCAAUUAAUAGAACUUACAGUCAUCAAUGAGAAAAAUGGAUUUUCAAGAAGUGUAUUAAGAAAUAGACCAAGUGAACUUAUUCAAAAAGAAAAAGAUGAUGAUGAUACAAUUGAUAGAAUGAAAAAUUUUUUUGCUCUUGGAAUGCAUCAACUAAUGAAUACUGAAAAUGGAAUUAAGGCAAUAAUUACUUGUGGAACUUAUCUUAAAAAAUUUAAAGAUACUUUUUCUGUUGUUAAACAGUAUUUAGAUAAAAUAAGAUACACCCAAGACGAUAUUAAUAAAUUAGACUACAUGAUUCCUGAAGAUAUGAGAACAUAUAUUCAAUUAGACAAUGCUCCAACUGAUAAAAUAAUAUUAUCAAAUGAAUUGAUUAAUUAUUUAUUUGAAGAAUCAUAUCAUUUACAACGCAUUAUUGAAUGUUAUGAUGCUAUUAAAAAUACUCUUUGGAAAGAAUGUUUAAUUUAUCAUACUAUGUUAUCAAGAAAUCCUCAACAUGUGUUGACAUUAUUUUCUAUUCUUAUACACGAUAAAAAUGAAAAUGGUAUUAAGAACGUUGUAUUAUUGUAUUUGUAUUGUUCUAUUGAUCUUUUUAAAGACGACGAAGAGUCUUUUGUCAUAAUACAAAAUGAAUUUAAGAAGUAUGGACGUCUCUUUAACAAAGAAAUAACUCUUCUUUUGAAAACUAAACAAGACACAUUUUCUUCUCUUAAAGCUGAAUAUCAAAAUUUAUGGAAUCAAAAAAUUGAACAUUUCAUCGGAAGAUAA